AAGUAGACUGUAGCUUCCUCAUCUGCAAGCAAAUCCUCUUCGAUCGCAAGAGCAAACCCUAGAUUCACAGUUGGGGUUUUGCAAACGAUUCAUGCCUUCUAGCCUUUGAUCGUAGCUUCAAGUCUUCUUCUUUGCAUUUCGAUCUCCUGAGAGUGUAGCAUAGCUGAGGAUGUACGGUGGAUCCAGCGAUGGAGAGGGUGGUGGCCAUGAUGUCGCGUCGGCUGCCGCCACCGCGCCGCAGAAGAAGAUCCCGCCGGCUUCUUCCAUGCCGUGGGUGCGGAAUCUCCGUAGGUACAUUGGUACUGGUGCCGGCCUUGGCUCCGAAGCCCUAAUGGAGCUAGAGACUAAAAGAAUUUUGCUUGAGAUUUUUAAAGACCGACAGCAAAAAAAUGCUGAAGCAGGGUCCAUUCCUAGUUUUUACAAAAAGAAACCUGAAGAAGGAUCCAUCAGUCAUAGGGUUCAAAGGUUGGCAAAGUACCGAUUUUUGAAGAAGCAGUCAGAUCUCCUACUUAAUGCAGAUGAUCUUGAUGCCAUGUGGGUUUGUCUGAGAGAAAACUGUGUGAUUGAUGAUGCUACUGGUGCUGAGAAGAUGAACUAUGAAGACUUCUGCCAUAUUGCAUCUGUUUGCACAGAGCAAAUUGGCCCAAAAUGUAGGCGAUUUUUCAGUCCUUCAAAUUUUAUGAAGUUUGAGAAAGAUGAAGCUGGGAGAAUAGCUAUCCUGCCAUUCUAUCUUUACGUGAUGCGGACAGUUUCUCUUACUCAGGCUAGGAUUGAUAUGAGUGAGCUUGAUGAGGAUUCUGAUGGUUUCCUUCAGUCCCAUGAAAUGGAGGCCUACAUCAGGGGGCUUAUUCCUAACCUUGCUCAACUUCGUGAUAUGCCCCCGGCGUUCAUUCAGAUGUACUGCCGAAUAGCUGCACACAAGUUCUUUUUCUUCUGUGAUCCUCAUAGGCGAGGGAAAGCAUGCAUCAAGAAGGUGCUGCUCAGUAAUUGCCUCCAGGAGCUUAUGGAACUGCAUCAGGAAAGUGAGGAAGAAGCUACUGACACGGAGCAGGCAGAAAAUUGGUUCUCUUUGACUUCUGCUCAGCGGAUAUGUGAUAUGUUUCUUGCUCUAGAUAAAGAUAUGAAUGGGACAUUGAGUAAGCAAGAACUUAAAGAAUAUGCUGAUGGAACCUUAACUGAAAUCUUCGUUGAGAGGGCAUUCGAUGAACAUGUACGCCGUGGUAAGCAUGGUGGGGGUAAUGCUCGAGAAAUGGACUUUGAAAGUUUUCUUGACUUUGUCUUGGCUUUGGAGAACAAAGACACUCCUGAAGGAUUGACGUACUUAUUCCGGUGCCUUGAUCUUCAGGGAAGAGGCUUCCUUACAACAGCUGACAUCCACACUCUUUUCAGAGAUGUCCACCAAAAAUGGAUAGAGGGUGGAAACUAUGAGCUAUGUAUUGAAGACGUCCGUGAUGAAAUCUGGGAUAUGGUCAAACCGGCUGACCCGCUAAGAAUAACCCUUGCUGAUCUUCUUGCCUGCAAGCAAGGUGGCACUGUUGCCAGCAUGCUUAUCGAUGUCCGAGGCUUCUGGGCUCAUGACAACAGGGAAAAUCUUCUGCAAGAAGAGGAGGAGCCCGAGGAAGAGUGAUCACUUCAGUAAAAUCAUUAUAUGUUCAUCAAAGAUGAAGCACCACCUUUUGGAGGAGCUGAGUUAUACAAAAUGUGUAUCUUAAACCAAAAAGGAUAAAGAAAAAAAGAACCUGUAGCUGUUGUUGUGAUGAGAUUGUUGUUUCUUUCUAUGUAUCAACCUGAUGCUUUUUCUGUCAAAGAAAAGGUUGUUCUGAUUUGAUGAAAUAUCAUGUGCUUCACAUUUUUAUUAAUCAGAUGAUUUGAUGGUGUCGUACAUUAUUCGUCGACAUCUGACAA